CUGUUGAGAAGAGCAACAACGAACCAACCCGAAGGAACGCAGACACUUUUCAACGCAACAGCUGCCUUCUUGCUUCCGUUCAAAAACCCGCGCCAUCAACUCAACAAAAAUCACAAAUCAACCUCUCUUCUGUCCAUCAUUGUUUGUUUGUUUGUUUCUCUGUUUGCCAUGGCGUCGUCCUACAAGAUUCAGCUCGAAUUCCUCUCGUUGAACAACAGCAGUGACAGCAAUGACAAUGAUGACGAACAAAAGAGAACGCUCUAUUCCUCCAGCAAACUCGGCGGAAGUGGAAGCGCGGCGCCACGACGCAUUCGAACAGACGUGCCCGAAGACAUGACCAUGGCCCAAUUGGUGAUUCAAAUCAAGGGUCAAUAUGGUGACGACACCAUGAACAAUGCUGUGGUCGCCCUGGAAGUCAAGAAUUUCAAUGCUCCCAAUACGCGUCUGGCAUACGAGUCACACCAGUUGGUUCGAGACGUCAUUCGCAAGGGUGACACGGUGGUGUGUCAAGUCUCCUCGUCUGCGCCACAUCAAGAAGUAGAAGUGGAGCCACCGCAAGCAGCCACGCCGUCUCGACGACAACGCAACAACAAACGAAAAUUGGCGACUAUCGAUAUUCACAAGGGCAUGGAUGCCAUGGACAUUGAUGAUGAUGACGAUGAUGACGAGGAAUCGGAUAUUGAAGAAUUGACCAAGGAACAAUUCGACAAGUGGGGAAACGAAAACAAUGCUCCCAACAAUAGCAACAACAAUAAUCCAAAACAACAGCAACGAAAGCGCCAAAGAAAGACUACACGCACCGUACCAGCCAAUCAGGAAAUCUUGGAGCUCUCGGAUUGAUUUGAUUCAUUCAUUUGAUUGACUGAUUGGUGGAGCAAAGGGUUCUGUAUUGGGAAAACAAACAACGCAAGAGAAAUGGAACGGCAACAAACGACGUGGUCUAACAAGGGCUUGUCAAACGUUCUACGGCACAUGGUGGAGCAGUCCUAUUUGGGUGGAAAGCACUCCGACGGACACGCAAAUUACUUGGGACGAUAAGAUGUCGCAUGCCACUAUGAUAAAACAAAGUAAACCGUUUACUAGUUAGAAGACCAGCACUGCCCAUCAGUCAGU